AGGUAGUAUAAAAAUGAGAAGCCUUCAUAGACCUGUAUGCAACAAACGUUUGUAAUCUCUAAAAGAUAAGCACACUACUUAUACAUCAGUUGUCAUUAUCUCUAAAAUGGCAAUCAAGUAUCGUGGUGUUAAUAUCGAUGGCAAACGUGAAAUGACCAUGGCGCAGUUCAGGAUUUGGGUCAAAACACUUGAUGCUGAUAAAGAUGGCAAGAUAAGCAAGGAUGAACUCUCUGACGCUGUCCGAGGUAAUGGAGGAUGGUUUGCUGGUUGGAAGGCAAAGAGGGGGGUAAAGGCAGCAGACGCCAAUGGCAACGGUGUUAUUGAUGACAGUGAAAUCGAUAUCCUGGCUGCUUUUGCUCAAAAGCACUUGGGUAUCAUAAUUAUAUAAUCAUGUAACAUGAUUUCAUAGGCCUCCCCAUAUGUUGUCACUCUGUGUCAUUGUGCCUGACUGGUAUGUAAUAUAUAAUAAUCAAGAAGAAAAUUCUGAUAAUAUAUGUAAGCUUUCUUUAUCAA